AUGGAUCCGGAGAGCGUAGCCUUUCAGCCUAGGGAGGAAUUCUGGCGCUUCCAGAGCGAGAUGCUUCGGGUACAACAAAACCAAGCCGAGCUCUCAGACCGUGUUUGCCGCCUCGAACGAAAGCAAGACGACGACUCGCGCCUCAAGAACGUCUGGGGAACUUCCUCGCCCUUCCCGUCUGUGUUGGGUGGGACGCCACAGCAAGUUCCCCUCCAGCAGCCGUUAGCGGAGCAUUUCGCCAACUUCGAUGGCCAUUCGAGCAAUCUCAUCGGCAGCCUUCAGCUUGACGGCGAAGAUGAACCCCGUCGUCUGGGAACAACGUCGCGUGCCAACAGUGUUCGAUUCGACGAGACUGCCAACCACGGUCACUGGGCGCAUGCCUCACGGUCAUCGCUGGACCUGAUAGCCCGUACUGGCAGCGGCAUGGGUGGCCAUCUCCUGAGCGAGCGGAGUUAUUCACACAAGUCGGAUGGGAGGCAGAGCUCAGCGGGGCACUCUGUGUACUCGGCGAAUUCUGGACGUGCCAACAGCCUCACAGGCUUGGGUCCAACAACACCAGUAGAAGCUCCUGGCCUGGCGCCUGGCCUCUUCAUAUUAGGCUCGGUUCCUGCCAUUAUACGUUGUUGGCUCAAUACCGACUUCAAGCACGACACUCUUCUUUAUGCAGCUGUGUGCUCCGGGUCAUACACGUCACACAUGAAUAUCCAGCUUGUGAAACACCUUGGAUUCUUGGACCAGAUACAUGAAAGCAACGAUGGCAGUCGCAAGAUCAGACUUCCGGUUUACCUGCCCGAGGCAGUACCGGUCACGGGAUCAUCGCGGCCAAAUAGUCCUGCCCCGCAGCUCCCCUCAGUGAGCGUCGAGUUUACUGUUGUUGGGGGGUGCCACGAGGCGUCUCACUCCAAAGCCAUCCAAAUCUUUAUUGGUAGCGACGUGCUUCGAGCCCACAAUGCCGACAUACUCUUCUCUGCAAAUCAAUUGACACUUUACGAUGAUGGUGGCAGCAAGCUUCAGGUUCCCCUUGUGCGACCCGAAGACGACCGCACGUUCAAGCCUCUAUUCACAUACAGUCAGGCCCAUACUGCCGUGGAUACAAGAAGCAUGGCCGACAAAUCGAUGAGCGAGUCUUCAAAACCAGAAAUGGCGAGCGGGCACUCUGCCACGAUAUCUGCACCUGAAUCUCCCUCGACCGCAGGCAAGCUGAACGAUGCUCAUACCACAGGCAGCUCGGAUGAGGAUGGUUCAAACGGGCGGAGGAGCCUUGAGCAGCGGCCCCAUCUUGGGCUGUCCACGUCGAUACGCGCUGAACAAAAAGGCGCCCAAGAUGUGAGUCCUGUCAGCGCAACUCUACGGCCCAGUGCCUCACCAGCCCUGCUGAGUAACUGGCGACGCGACACACAAGAAAAGACGAACACGGGCUUCUUGGAUUGGGCCAACGUGGGUAAAACCUCGAGCUCGGCCCCCAGCCACCAACGUCGCGAUACGGGAAUCAAGGUGUUGAAGCCCAUGAGAGCCAGUACUCGUACGGUGCCGACAUCCACCUCGCCGCCGGUGAGUGGCCAAUCUCGCUUCUUCGACGAUGGGAAGAGGAGGGGGGAGGGUGAGUCGAUGACGGCGGAUUCGGCGACGCCGCAACUGAAGACGGCGGUGUCUGGGGAUAAACCAAAGGAUAGUGCGCCCACGCUGCCGAAGACACGGACUGCGAACCCGGUGGCUGCAAACUUGACCGCCUUCGCUCUUUUCGCGGCCAUUGCGCUUACCCCACCUCUGCUUGACCUCGUCCCCGUUGCUGUGAAUCUGCCCUCUCCUGCGUCUGUCUUGGAGCUACCUUUGCUCCACGGCAGGCUCCCCAGCGUCACCACGGCCUCCACCAAGAAACGCAAGACGGCAAGCUCAGCACAGUCGCCGCAACCACAACCACAGCCCGAGGAGCGUGCCGACGCGCAGUCGCCGAAUGCAGCUGCUUCCCCGCAAACCCAACGCAUACAUUCAUCCACAUCGCCGCCGCGCUACCUCCCACCGCACUUGCACGACGAAGUGCUCGACGCCGGGCCCAGUUCCCCCAGCGAAGCCUACUCGCACCUGACACUCGAGAGCGGCGACGCCAUGACGGCCGACUCUGAGCACAGUGAUCCGCAGCAGCAGAAGAGGCCGCCGCCACGGGCUUCAUCACCCGCCAAGCGCCUACACUCGGACAUGGACGACGCCGACAUGGACCUCGACGCCCCUGCCGCGCGCACCAACAGCGACCAGUCGAGCCCCCGAGCCACGAAGCCACUGUCGGCUGCAACCUCGCAGCGCAGCGCACGCGCCAUGUCAGUGGAAAUGGCAGACGCUCCCUCGGCGGCCGACGUGCCCAGCCUCGACGAGCAGGUCAAGAUGGUGUUGGCCAUGACGCAGGCAGAUCUCGAGGACCGGCAGGAGGGCUACGUCAUCUCGGAGAAGUGGCUGGCGCGCGUGUGGGCCAGGACGUCGGAGAACAUCAACAAUCCAGAGCGCUUCAGCAAGGAGGCCACGCAGGGCCCGAUUGGCCCCGUGGACAACGCCGAGCUGGUCGACCCGGACUCGCCGUCAGGUGACGUGACCGACCAGCACGGUGACGACUUCAUAGCCCUGCGCAAGGGAUCUCAGAUGCAUCAAGACUUCGAGGUGCUGCCCGUCAAAGCCUGGGAACUGGUCGUCAGCUGGUACGGGCUCAAGGAAGGUUGUCCCAUCAUUCGCCGCCAUGUCCAGAAUACGGUCCCAGACAAGAGCAGCGAGAACCUUGAGUGGGAGCUUUUUCCUCCCGUCCUCACCGUCCGCAAAGUACGAAAAGCGCUGUCGACAGCCCCGGAGAACGCGCGGCUUGCUGAGAAGAUUGUGGCUAGCAGGAGCGACAACUUUCUGGCCUUCCUCGAGACUGCAAAGAAAGCCGCUAGCAUCGACCUGAGCAACAAGGUCCGCGUGUGGAGGAUAGUGAACAGUGCCGCCUCGGACGAACCUCAGCCACAGCAACAGCCAGUGGGCAUGCUGACGCCCGACGCCUCGCCACGUAACGGGUCUCCUGUCCACCCUUCGUCAACACGACCCCCUCUUGCCAUGGACGUUGCUAGCUUCAACGGCCUCACAUACGGCAGCGAGCGCGAAAUAGUGACAGGCAAGGACGAGAAAGCGAAUGCCGAUUUCAAUGAGUCUCUGACACUAGCCGGUGCUGGUCUUACUCAGGAUCAAGUUGUCGUCCUUGAGGAGCACGACGACAAGGGCGAAUACAUAUCGGACACAGUCAAAAUCAAGAAUAAGGUCGGCGUCCACAAGGAUCUGCAGAGCAAUCCCAAUAGCGGCAGGAGCACACCCACUGGACGGUCCCUCACACGAGGCAAAAGACGUGAUGGCAAGGUUAGAGGCCAUGUCGGAUUGACGAACCUGGGCAAUACUUGCUAUAUGAACUCCGCUCUCCAAUGCUUGCGCAGUGUGAAGGAGCUCAGCUUAUACUUUUUGAGCAACAAAUGGAAACAAGAGAUCAACACAGAUAACCCGAUUGGUCAUAAGGGAGCUAUCGCGAAAUCAUAUGCUGGGGUUUUGGGUAAUAUCUAUGACAUCGGUACCGCAUCGUCCGUCAGCCCGAAAGCGUUCAAGCAGGCGCUCGGAAAGGCCAAUGGUCUCUUUUCAGGAUACGGCCAACAGGACUCGCAAGAGUUCCUCAGUUGGUUGGUCGAUGCACUUCACGAGGACCUCAACAGGAUAUACGUCAAGCCCUACCGCGAGAAUCCUGAUUCCGAUGAUAACACAAUCAAUGACCCAGAAGCUAUGAAGCAGCUGGGUGAGACGUAUCGAUCCAAUCAUCGCGCUCGCAAUGACUCUGUGGCUACAGACCUGUUCAGUGGAUUCUAUAAGAACACUAUGGUCUGCCCGGAGUGCAACAAGGUUAGCAUCACUUUUGAUCCGUACAGCCAGCUCACUUUGCAACUCCCGAUUGAGCAGUCCUGGACACAUACCAUCACAUACGUUCCCGUUCAAGGUAAAGCCUACCAGCUUGAGGUGGAUAUUGAUAAGAAUGCUACCAUCAAGGCAUUGAAGGAGUACGUGGCUAAGCGAUUUGGCACGUCGGCAAGUCGUUUGAUGGCAUCGGAAGUGUACAGCCACAAAUUCUAUCGACAUCUAGAUGAUAAGACGACAAUUUCGGAAUCCAGCAUCACUACACGUGACGACAUUUUCUUCUACGAACUUGAUAACACACCAACCAAUUGGCCUGCGCCACAAAAGAAGGGUUCCAAGUACAAGGCAAUGACCAGUGGUUCGUCUGACGAAGACAUUCCAAGUUCAGUAUCACCGGCUCACGAUAGAAUCAUGGUUCCGGUAUUCAACCGCGGCCCCAGCGCGAACUCGUAUCGAGGACAGAGUUUUUCGAUGGCCUUAACGCCGUUCUUUAUUGUCUUGACACGCGAAGAAGCAAAGGACUAUGACACAAUUCUGCAAAAAGUGCUUGCAAAGGUUGCUCAAAUGACAACUCGUCCGAUCUUGACUGAACUUAGUGGAGGAUCAUCGGUUUCAUCACGUGUUGGCUCCGACGCUGUCUUGACAACAGAAGAAGAUGCUGCGCCCAACGGGGAUCCGCGGGUCAAGGACGAGUCGAUUGAAGGCGAAGAUAUGGUCGAAGUCACGAUGACCGACUCGGCUGACCACAGUGGAACACCGGAAAUGCUCAGGCCUGGGGCUGCCAUUCAUCCAGAGUUUAGGCAGCUCUUCGAGAUGAAGCACACUCGGAAGGGCACUGAGUUUGUUACGACCGGUUGGAGCACAGUCGAUCACUCGAGAGCCUUAGAGUCUAUCACCAAACGUAUUCGGGUCGCGCCAUCUCGGGCCGAUUCGGAGCAGUCCUCUGUUGGCACUGAGGGUUCAGGCUCAGGAUCGUCUAGUGAAGAGGAUGGGGAAACACCACAGUCUGCUGUCGAUGCCGCGGAUGCGAUUGAAGCGGCAAAUGUAAGUAGCGACGAAGAGAUGCAGUCGAUCGAGACCGAGCCAACAGCUUUCUCACGAGGCGGUCGGCAGGGUAAGAAGAAGAGCAAGAAGCAGAGAAAACAAGAGCGCAAGAUGGAACGCAAGCACAAAAACAACAAAAACUUCAAGAAGAAGGCCAAGGACCUCGACCAGCCCGCAUACCCGGAAGAUCCCGAUGACGAGAACGACCAGAGCUUGAUCCGUCUGGGUGAGGCUCUUGUACUCGAGUGGACUCCAGAGGCAUUCGAGGGGCUCUUCGGUGCCACUUCACCAGAUGACCCUCGUGGUACGGACGCUAUGAAGAACAUCGACAUGUUUGAAGACCCCGAGCUGCGGGAGAAGAAAGCCAAGCGUAAAGCUCGAAAACAACAUGGCAUCACCUUGGAUGAGUGUUUCAUGGAAACCUCGAAGAGCGAGGUUCUCUCGGAAGACAACGCGUGGUUCUGUAGCCGAUGCAAGACUCUACGUCGGGCGACGAAAACACUGGAGAUUUGGACGGUGCCUGAUAUCCUCAUCAUACACCUCAAACGCUUUAGUGGCCAUCGGUCGUUCAGGGACAAGAUCGAGGAACUCAUCGACUUUCCGGUUGAGGGGUUGGACUUGUCUGGCAAGGUUGGCUUCCCCGAGAACAAGGAUCUUACCUAUGAUCUCUUUGCUGUCGAUAAUCAUUAUGGUGGUCUUGGUGGGGGUCAUUACACUGCCACGGCCCAAAACUUCUUCGACAAACAGUGGUACAAUUACAAUGAUUCCAUGGUUUCGAAGUGCGGCUCUGGCGAGAAGGCAGUCACGAGUAGUGCGUAUCUCCUCUUUUACCGACGUCGAGCCCCCGACCCUUUAGGCCCUCCCUCUCUACAGCAACUCGUCAACAACAGCAAUCCCGGCUCUGAAGACGACAAUGACUCCGAACACGACAACCGCUCACGCUCACCCGCGGCGGGAAACGGCUUGCGCCUUGGCGACUCGUCCCGCAAUGGGUCGUCGAGCGUUGGCGCAGCCGCAGCGGGAGCAGGAGCCCUGCGCGGGGGUGGCUCAGCGCUCUCAAUAGUCGCGAACCGUCCCGGGAGCGCAGCCGGAGUCGCGACUCUCGACGAUGAAGAUGACACCCUGCCUCCCUACAACGAUGAAGGCUAUGGAGGGGAUGAGGACGACAGCUUCAGCGGCGUUGGUACAUAUGCACAGCUAAACAACUGGGACGACCAGCCUGUGUGGAGCUUCGACGGUCUCAAGAACUCGAGCCUCCAGGAAGACGAUGUUGCAAGCGAUAUGGUCAACCUGGGCUCCGGCGGUGCAGAUGACCUCAACAACCGCAUGUUGGAGGAUUUCGGCGAUGAAUAUCAUGCUGGCGCGACGACGCCGACGGACGAAGGCAUUCAUCCCCUUCUUGGCGGAGAAGACGGAGAUGAUCCAGUGGCGGAGAUCCAUGUCCCCACCGCCUAG